CUGCACCCUCCAGAGCUGCAGACUGCUGGAGCCAACGUCCUCUCUUAUCCUCCACCUUCUGCCACCUCCACCGCGGUCAUCAUGUCGCAGACCCGGCCUGCAACUGUGCUAGGUACCAAUGAGAUGGGGCGCCGCAUGGAUGCGACCUCCAGCGCCGCGUCGGUGCAAGCCUUCCUGCAGCGCGGCCACAAUGAGAUUGACACGGCCUUCGUGUAUGCGGACGGUCAGUCCGAGACUAUCCUAGGCGGCCUGGGGCUCGGGCUGGGCCGCAGCGGCUGCAAAGUAAAAAUCGCCACCAAGGCUGCUCCCAUAUUGGGGAAGACAUUGAAGCCUGAUGAUGUACGGUUCCAGCUGGAGACCUCCCUGAAGCGGCUGCAGUGUCCCCGGGUGGACCUCUUCUACUUACACCUACCUGACCACAACACUCCUAUAGAGGAGACACUGCAGGCCUACCACCAGCUGCAUCAGGAGGGCAAGUUUGUGGAGCUUGGUCUGUCCAACUAUGCUUCCUGGGAGGUGGCUGAGAUCUGUACCCUCUGCAAGAAAAAUGGCUGGAUCAUGCCAACUGUGUACCAGGGCAUGUACAACGCUACCACCCGGCAGGUGGAGACAGAGCUCCUCCCCUGCCUCAGACACUUUGGACUGAAGUUCUACGCCUACAACCCUUUGGCUGGGGGCCUGCUGACUGGCAGAUACAAAUACCAGGAUAAGGAAGACAGGACGAAUCCUCAAAGCCGAUUCUUUGGGCAUCAGUAUUCCCAGAACUACAGGGACCGCUACUGGAAGGAGGAACACUUCAAAGGCAUCACCUUGGUGGAGAAGGCUCUGAAGUCUACCUAUGGCACCUCUGCCCCCAGUAUGACCUCAGCUGCCCUGCGGUGGAUGUACCAUCAUUCACAGCUCAAGGGCACCCAUGGGGAUGCAGUCAUCCUGGGCAUGUCCAGUCUGGAACAAUUGGAGCAGAACUUGGCCUUUGUUGAGGAAGGGCCCCUGGAGCCGGCUGUCGUGGAAGCCUUUGACCAAGCCUCGAACCUGGUUGCCCUUGAGUGUCCCAACUACUUCCGCUAAGAUGCAUCUGACUUGGGAGGUGCAGCUUACAGGCUGUCCCUCCUUGUCCUGGGCUAGAUCUGAUUCGGUCGGUCUUUCCCUGUCCCUGAUGACUUCCUAUACAUGCAGUUGCCUUCAGUGUCAGAGCUGGCUGAGCUCCAAUACUUCCUGUUGAAUAAAACUGUUAUCUGUCAA